AUGGAGAGAUUGUUCAGGAUGUUCACAACCGCAACGUUUUCGUCUUUCCGCUUAUUAAGAGGUCUCGUUCAAUCUCGACUAACCCAGCACCGUGGCGAUGCACGAUGGAUGCUCGAGUCUGGCUAUUCGACUGACUUCCGGGGGUUGCAGCAGAUUUCCCGAGCUUACCACAAAGAAGCGGACCGGCCCGCUUUCAGUAGCACGGAAAUAAAUGCAAGUAGAGAGAUCCCAAAGCCACUGCCAGAUCCUCCCAAACCAUCAAGGUUCCCACCAUGGGGUAAGUGGGUCAUGGGCUCUAUCUUGUCUCUCCUGAUACCCUUUUGGAAGCUCAAAUGGGACAAGCUGCGACAGAUAGAAGGAGAGGCUGAGGAGGUGAUUGAAGGUGCCGAGAUUGUGGCUGAGGUGGUAGAGAAGGUGGCGACCGUGGCUGAAAAGGUUUCGGCCCAAGUAGCCGAUAAGCUCCCGGAUGACAGCAAACUCAAGGAGGCAGCAUUGUUUGUUGAACACGUAUCGGAAGUUACUGCUCGAGACGCUCAUUUGACCGACGACUUCAUUCAUAAGGUUGAUGAAGUGAAACAAGAGGUGGAGACAGCAGUCGAAACCGGCAUCCAGAAGAUCAUCGAGCAACCGCCUGAAGAAAAAUGAACAUUCAUCAUUUUUUCAGCCAUCCAUCCUCCAAAAGGCUCCUUCCGGAGAAAGGUUUAGAGAGAAAUGUGUACAUACCAUUAGGGGAGGAAAAAAAAGGCUAUAAAUAAACGAAGCGCUUGUCGCAGUGAUGUAAUUGUAUAUCAGCACAUGACAUUAAUUGUGAUUUCUAGGAAGGCGGAAUCAAACCUUUCCUUCUUGCCGUUCAUUUACCAUGUGAAUUCAUUGCUUUGUACGUAUUUCUCAA